AUGACCUCCACCAUCCCGCGUCCGCCUCGGACGCCUUCAGCACCGCCGAAUGCUCCUCUCCCAGCUUUACCAGUUCCGAAGACGCGCGCCCGAUCAGUCGUAGAUCCGUCAGAAUACACACCAAGCUCGCGACGUGGCUCCACCGCCUCACAGCUGCCACAUCCGCCAAGCAGAAAAAUCGCAACACCCACCCGGUCCGUCACCUCAACUGGACUUCCCUCUCUCAAAGUCCUGAAAGCGACACCGACGCCUUCGUUGCCUUCAGCCGUCGCUUCCGACUCCUCAGUAACGACUCCUAAUACCCCAGCCACCCCCUCGGCGCUACCCAAGACCAUUCGUAAGACGUCAAGCAUUGGUUCAUUCCCUCUACCGCCCCAGACAGCCGCUGCGCGAGUCACGAGUCUACCUCCAAGCCCGCUUUCGGCUUCCACUUCGUCAAAUGAUGUCAAUGGCGGCAAGGCGCAAAAUAAGACAAAAAGAGAUUCUUCCAAGCAUCGCAGUGCCGAAAGUGUACCGAAAAAGCACCGGUCGUCAAAGAGUUCUGGAUAUGGCACACGAUCGCGGAUGUCAGGAGCUGGUAUGUCAUAUUCGCCGAGUCUAGGAGGCGGCGAAAGCAAUUACAUAUCUGCAGGUGAAGGCGGAAAACAGCAUGACAGUCUGCUCAGCCUGCCUUCACCGCCACAGAGUCGCUCGUCUUCGGCAAAUGAUUCAUAUCCUGCCGAUCUCGCCGACGAUGCUGGAGACGAGUCCACGACCAGGGGACGGCCGCGUAGCGUCGACGCAGCUGCAAAGAAGGAGCUAGAUGCGAAAAAUGACAAGGGUAAUGUCUUGGUAAGUGUUCGUGUCCGACCCGAAUCUGGUGGAGAUGGAGAAGCGAGCAAUGCGUCCGAUGGCGAAUGGCUUGUGGACGGCCGACGGUCGCUCAUAUCCUUCAAAGGCAAGGAAGGCGGAGACUACCGUUACGACAAUGUUUUCUCUCCGCAUGACAACAAUGCACGAGUAUACGAUAACGCAGCGAAACGCCUCGUCCGGAGGGUUAUGGAAGGUUACCACGGAACCGUCUUUGCAUAUGGUAUGACCGGCACAGGAAAAACCUUUUCCAUGCAAGGAACCUCGUCCUCGCCUGGUGUCAUCCCACUCGCCAUUACCGACAUCUUCUCCUACAUUCGAGAAAACCCGAAUCGCGAGUUCUUGUUGCGUGUGAGCUAUCUGGAAAUCUACAAUGAACGCAUCUACGAUUUGCUCAGCCAGAGCACUCCCGGACAAGUGCAACAGGAGGAAAUCAAGUUGCGAGAAGACAGCAAGCGUGGUGUCUAUGCGACUCCGCUAAAGGAAGAAAUUGUGCAAUCGCCCAACCAGCUUUUGCGUGUGAUUGCUCGUGGUGACACGGCGCGAAGAGUUGGCAGCACUCAGUUCAACUCACGCUCAUCUCGUUCGCACGCCGUCGUCUCCAUCGUUGUUGAGUCUCGGGAACGGACGUCUAGUCACGGGGAUGGGACGAGUGGUAGGAGAUCAGACAAAAUCCUUCCAGGAGGAGUCUUGGUUUCAACCUUGUCACUGAUUGAUUUGGCCGGUUCGGAGAAAGCCGCCGAGAACAAGGAAAGGCGAGCUGAAGGUGCUCACAUCAACAAAUCAUUGCUCACCCUCGGAACUGUCAUCGGACGACUGUCAAACGAAGACGAGAAAGAUGGCAAAGACGGCGCGAAGAGCGGCGACAAGGAGAAGGCUGUCAAGCAUCUGCCAUACCGAGACAGCAAGCUGACUCGAUUGCUCCAACCGGCAUUGUCUGGUGACUCCCUCGUCUCAAUUCUGUGUACGGUGCAGCUGUCGUCUGCAGGCACGAGUGCGGCGCACGCGAGCUCGCACACUGGUGAAACUCUCAACACGCUCAAAUUUGCCAGCCGCGCGAAGAACAACAUUGUCAGCCAUGCGAAGCGUAAUGAAUCGAACAACAACCCUGGUGACCCAGGUAGUAGAGCUUUGCUGGACAGAUACCGCCUCGAGAUCCAGGAGCUGCGGACACAGCUUGAUAAGCAAAACAAAGCCAAGGAGGUGAACGAAGAAAAGGACGAGUUCGAGCAAGAUCGCAAGCGGGAGGAGGAGCUGGAAAAAGAAGAGCACAUUCGACACGAGGAGCAGAUGCUGGAGAUGCAACUCGCGCGAACAGCACUCAAAGAACGAAUCAGUCACCUCAAUCGGUUGAUUCUCUCGUCGAAAUCGAUCGGAGUGAACUCGGGACGCUUCUCCAGCUCAAGCGUCGGCGGAUUGAACACCCGUAUGAGCUCUUACAGUCUAGCCACCGAUUAUGGUCGACCUGUCAGCGUGGGCGAUACUCUUGUUGACAGCAAGAGGAACAGCUCAACGACGAAUGAUGGGGCGGUUGGUGACGGGGCCGAUUCUCAACCUCGCGACCGUAUUGACGACACGGCAACAAACAUCGGAGAGGAUGAGGCUGAGCUAGUCGCGGAAGGCGAGGGACAAGCGAGUCUCGCACAACAGGUGCGGAUGCUGCAGUCCGAUCUGUCGGAUAAGAACCGCUACAUCACGACUCUGGAGAAGCGCUUACUUCAAGCUCGACGGACUAGCCACAGCCGAGUGAGCAUGCAAUUCGCUGCACGUGUUGGUCUUCCGGAGGAUGGCACCCUCGAGGGUCUACUUCGCGAGCGUGAUCGCGAGAUUGAAGAGCUCCGCGCCAAGCUCGACGAUCAGAUGCGCAUGGUCACAGCACUUCGCAGCGCUGCUCGAAAGCGCGACAUGAUUGAGAACCGACGGUCACAUGUGACCGAUAUCUCCGACAACACCGAGCGGCCACGAACGACGGGCGGGACGCUUGACACGGACAGCACCGCUUCCACUCCAGCUGACGAUAACGUCCCGGAUAUGACGAGUCAAGCCUGGCACGUCCACGACGACAAGCCCAACAGCAACAGCGGCCACUCUGCCAAACCCCGCCGGAAAUCCGUCGACGAAAUGACCAUGCUUCUCGACCAAAUGAUCCAAGACAAGGUCGAAAGCGGCCACGUCGUCCGCGGCGACCGCGGCAGUCUCCGCAUCCGCCACGACACCGUCCUUCACGGAAACUCCAUCAACCACACCGCCAACGAUCCUUUUGACAACAACAACGCCGACGACCACGACCACAACGCCAUGGGCACCCGCUUCGACACCUCCCCACUCAACUCACCCCCGCUCUCCUCUUCCGCCAACACGUCCGCCAUGCUCCUCGGCCCUUCCUCGGCCCGCGCUCCCAAUGGUCCGAUCGCAGAGGAAGACGAGGAAUCCCCCAUCAUUCCCUCUCACGCGAUGUUCGGCGGAAGGUCGUCAUCGCACCAAGCUUCCACCAUCGGAACCAUCACGGUCACACCCACCGUGCCGCAUACGGCGCCGUUGCCGCCGGUGGUGAAUGGGUUGGGGUUGACAGGGACGUGGCAUUGA